GGAAAGAUGGCAGAGAGGCGUCAGCUCCUCCCUGAGGCGAGUUACUCUCCAGUGUUUCGGGGCCUUGGAAUCACCGUCGGGCAUCGGAGCCUCACCUUCCACUUACUGGAGCAGAGAUGGGACUUUUUUUUUUUUUUUUUGAGAGAUGGGACACUUCCCUGGUAUAGAUUUAACACGCUCUGGGCACACACAGGUUUGAGAGCACGCUACGCAGUUUUCCUUCCUGGUCUGGGCGAUAUUUCCAGGGGGACCAGGGGCUUGGGGCUGGGAGCCUCCUAGUGACUCAGGAGGAGGACAGUGCUGCCGCCCAGCUGAGGGAAUUCCCUGUGGGGCUGUCCCUCAGGUCGCCACCCCAACCUCCUCCCCAGCCCGCACUGCUCUCACACCUGCUUCGACCCCAAGCAGAGAUCAGAUGUGGCUGUGUGGGGGGUCAUGUGAUGGAGAGAUAGCUAUAAAUAGCUGGGGGUGGGCACGCUGCCCCAGACGCCUUGGGGACAGGCAAGAGGACAGGCUUAAGGAGCUGUCCUGGGGGGAGGACGGGGGCAAGCAGGCCAAGGCCUGGCCGGGGGAGGGAGCAUGGAGCCGUCUGGGUCCCAGCGGCGUGGGCGCGAACAAAGCUGGUGGGGCAGUGCCCCCCAGUACCAGUACGUGCCCUUCGAACACUGCACCAGCUACGGACUGCCCUCCGAGAACGGGGCCCUCCAGCACAGGCACCGGAAGGAUGCAGGCCCCCAUCCCAACUCCCACCCCCGCCAGAUUUAUGGCCAUCACAAGGAGCAAUUCUCAGCCAAGGAGCAGGACACGGGGAUGCCCAAGCAGAUGGGCUCCAGUGCCACCAUGGACAGCACAGAUGAGGACCACUAUUCUAAAUGCCAAGACUGCGUCUGCCGCCUGGGACGCAUGGUGAGGAGGAAACUGGGGGAAGACUGGAUCUUUCUGGUGCUCCUGGGACUGCUUAUGGCUCUGGUUAGCUGGAGCAUGGAUUAUGUCAGUGCCAAAACCCUUCAGGCCUACAAGUGGACCUACUACCAGAUGCAGCCCAGCCUGCCGCUGCAGUACCUGAUCUGGGUCACCUUCCCACUGAUUCUCAUCCUCUUCAGCGCCCUCUUCUGCCACCUCAUCUCUCCCCAGGCUGUUGGCUCUGGGAUUCCCGAAAUGAAGACGAUCCUUCGUGGGGUCAUCCUGAAGGAGUAUCUCACCCUCAAGGCCUUCGUGGCCAAGGUCGUGGCGCUGACUGCGGGGCUGGGCAGUGGCAUUCCUGUGGGGAAGGAGGGCCCCUUUGUCCACAUUGCCAGCAUCUGUGCGGCCGUCCUCAGCCAGUUCAUGUCUGUGCUUUCUGGGGUCCAUGAGCAGCCAUACUAUUACACGGACAUGCUGACGGUGGGCUGUGCCGUGGGAGUCGGCUGUUGCUUUGGGACCCCCCUUGGAGGAGUGCUGUUCAGCAUCGAGGUCACGUCUACGUACUUUGCUGUGCACAACUACUGGAGAGGGUUCUUUGCAGCCACGUUCAGCGCCUUUGUCUUCCGAGUUUUGGCCGUGUGGAACAAGGAUGCCGUCACCAUCACCGCUCUCUUCAGAACCAACUUCCGGAUGGACUUCCCCUUUGACCUGCAGGAACUCCCAGCCUUUGCUGUCAUCGGCCGCCUGCUGUAUCCUGGAAUUGUCACCUUUGUCAUCGCCUCGUUCACCUUUCCACCAGGAGUGGGUCAAUUCAUGGCUGGAGAGUUGAUGCCUCGGGAAGCCAUCAGCACCCUGUUUGACAACAACACGUGGGUAAAACACAUAGGUGACCCCAAAAGCCUGGGCCAGUCAGCGGUGUGGAUCCACCCACAGGUCAACGUUGUCAUCAUCAUUCUCCUCUUCUUCAUCAUGAAGUUCUGGAUGUCCAUCGUGGCCACCACUAUGCCCAUCCCCUGCGGGGGCUUCAUGCCUGUGUUUGUGCUUGGAGCUGCAUUUGGAAGGCUGGUGGGAGAGAUCAUGGCCAUGAUAUUUCCUGAUGGUAUCUUAUUUGAUGGCAUCCUCUACAAGAUCCUACCUGGGGGCUACGCAGUGAUUGGAGCGGCAGCGCUGACCGGGGCGGUGUCCCACACAGUCUCCACGGCCGUGAUCUGCUUCGAACUAACGGGUCAGAUCGCGCACAUCCUACCCAUGAUGGUGGCUGUUAUCUUGGCCAACAUGGUGGCCCAGAGCCUGCAGCCCUCCCUCUAUGACAGCAUCAUCCAGGUCAAGAAGCUACCCUACUUGCCUGACCUUGGUUGGAACCAGCUCAGCAAAUUUACAAUCUUUGUUGAAGACAUCAUGGUACGUGAUGUGAAGUUCGUUUCCGCUUCUUGCACGUAUGGGGAGUUGCAAACCCUGCUCCAGACCACCACAGCGAAGACUUUACCACUGGUUGAUUCAAAAGAUUCAAUGAUCUUGCUGGGCUCCGUGGAGCGGUCAGAACUUCAGGCCCUCCUGCAGCGCCACCUGAGCCCGGAGCGGAGGCUGCGGGAAGCCCAGGACCUGGCCAGGAAGCUGUCUGAGCUGCCCUUUGAUGGGAAGGCGCGGCCGGCUGGGGAGGGAUACCAGGGCUCCUCGCCCUCUGGCCGGCCAGAGUCCUUCGCCUUUGUGGAUGAGGAUGAAGAUGAAGAAAUCUCUGGGAAACCCGAGCUGCCUCCUCUUCCUCCCCCUCAACACUUUCCUAUGGUUCCACUGGCCCCUGAAGAGCCCAAUGGGCCCCUGCCCAGCCUCAAGCAGCAGCCAGAGGCACCGGAACCUGCAGGUCAAAGACGCUCCAUCUUUCAGUCUCUGCUGCGCUGUCUGCUGGGCAAAACUCGCCCCACAAAGAAGAAAACAAGCCAGGACUCAACAGACUUAGUGGACAACAUGUCACCCGAAGAGGUUGAGGCCUGGGAGCAAGAGCAGCUGAGCCAGCCUGUCUGCUUUGACUGCUGCUGCAUUGACCAGUCCCCUUUCCAGCUGGUGGAGCAGACGUCCCUGCACAAGACGCACACACUGUUCUCACUCCUCGGCCUCCACCUUGCCUACGUGACCAGUAUGGGGAAGCUGCGGGGCGUGCUGGCACUGGAGGAGCUGCAGAAAGCCAUCGAGGGGCACACCAAGUCAGGGGUGCAGCUCCGCCCUCCCCUGGCCAGCUUUCGGAGCACAACGUCCACGCCAAAGACUCCCGGGGGCCCGCUCCCUCCCACAGAGGGGUGGAGCCUGCCCGAGGACGGAACUGGGGCGGCUGAGCCAGAGGACGUGGUCCCUAUCCCUCCGGAGCACCCAGUGCCCUUGGCCGCCCCCAAAGCAGAGAGUGAGCUAGAGGAGCUGGAGCUGGCGGACAGCCCGGGGCCAGAGGAGGAGCUGGCUGACAUCUUGCAGGGCCCCAGUCUUCGGUCCACCGAUGAGGAGGAGGAUGAGGACGAACUGAUUCUUUGACUGCCCCCAGGACGGCCCCAUCAGACUGUCAAGAGGCCGAGGCCCGAGGGUGGGUUUCAGUGGGAGAGGGUACGUCCCUAAGUUGGAGCGAUCAUGCCGAUAUGCUGGCCCCUCCUUGGAAUUUUAAAAUGUGAUGGUGAUGGUCUUAGAGGAGUCCAGAUUUGGGCAGGGACUAGCCUCGAUCAAUUAUGUAGGCAUGUCCCCCAUUCCCAGGCAUCUCGGUGAAGGGCUCAUGUACUCGCUGGAGCUUCCUGAGUUUUUCCCCCAGUGUAGGUGGGGGACUCCCUGCCUCUCUCCUCCCCUCAUCCCCCCGCCCCCCAACUCCCUGUGUUCUCUCCCAGCACCCCCUGGCUCUGCACAUCUGUCCUUCAGUUCCCACAGGUGUGGGUGAAGGGAGACCCCGGAUGGCUGUGGCCCUGCAAGUGUCAUACUGGAGGAGGAGAGGGGACCACCCCAUGGCCUCGUGAACUGGCGGCCCCAGAAUAUACCGCAGACCCUCCAUAGCCCUUCUCCCAGAGCCCCCCACUCCGUACUCUCCCACGUCCUGAAGUUGGCCUCUAGACUCCGACUGGCUCCCACUGUCUGUCCCCAAGCAAGGGCAUGACUAGGACAGCAACAGGCCUCUCCUAUGUCCUGGAUUCAAGCAGUGAACUGUGGAGAAAGAUGCUAUCAAGGAGAGAAUGUCGCAGGAGGCUCUGUGUGGAAGGGGCACCGCGGGCCAAGCGGCCGUGCUGCCCCUGUGGCGCUGCCUUCUCCAGCAGACAUCCUCCCUGUCGUCUGGUCACAGCUUCCUCGCCCUGUUUCCAGGUCACUUCCUGGAAAACCCACCCCCUCUCUUCCCGGGGGGUCAUUGAUUUGUCCCUCCCAAUAGAGGGUGGACAGCUCUGCCCUCAAGCUGCUCGGGCUGAGGCCUCUCCUGCCCGGAACUGAGGCUCGGGCCAGCCAGGCCCCUCAGACACCAGCCCUUAGACUAGUUCUCUGUGCCCUUCCUCUUGGGGUGGACGGCUGGGGGUUCAAUGUCAAAAGGCAGACCUCUUUGAUGUGUCCACACUUGGGAAGUCUGAACCACAUCCUCCCCAAAUCAGCAACAGGGAGACUGCCUUUUCUGGGAGUGGUCCCAGGGGCUCUGAGCGUGCAAAACCCCUGCUCCCACCUCCCAGGCUUUCCCCCUUUCUCCUCCAUGCCCUCCGGUUGUGUCCCCUCUCCGAGGGGACACUGUCCUCCUUCACCCCCCCCCCCACCACCCGGGCCCAGUCUCCAUCCCCCAAAUAAGACACUCAUAGUCGGAGGGUGCCACCACAUUCUGUUUAGUGCCAAUGAACACAGCCUGGAGCCCUCUCCAGCGUCACACCCCUACCCCCUCCCCAGGCCAAGAGAGAGGCUGUAGCCUGGGGAGGGGGCUGGCAGCGGGCAUUUGAGCCCAGUGCCCACGUGUAUAUAAUCUAUAAUAUUUAUAUAUAUUUAUAUAAUUCUCUCUGUAAUAUAUGCCAUAGAAUCUCUCUUGGGCCUGGGAGGGGGGACGUCACAUUAAGAAAACAUGCUGAGACUGGCCGUGAAAGUGGAUCUUCCCCAGACCUGGAAGACGAGCAUGGGCUGUGGGGGCAGGGGCGGGGCAAAGGUCGUAAACACAGUCACCACGUUUCGCUCCUUAACCCAAGGAUAAGAAGGAAGGGGGUGGGCAGGGGGCAGGCGGAAGGGGAGGAAUGGGAGGUUUGGGUUUUCCUUAAUAAACAAUUAAAAAUAAAAGUACACCCCCCUC